GCCCUUCCUGAUGCAGCCACUCCUUGCUUAUCCUGCAGGUAAGAAGGUUUUCAGCAUGAUGAUUGUUUUGAUUGGUUCACCUAUCCCUGAGUCAAAGUAUCAGCUGGUCUGGAGGAAGUGAGUUCAAUCCAUUGUUACCUGCUUUAUGCUGCACUUAUUUUGGUAAUUUAUACUUAAUGACUUCUUUCUCUUAGGCUAAAAAUGCUCAGAAGAUGGGGACAAUUAGGAUCUGUGUGGGUAUAAAUCAAUAUCAGAAAUUUCAGCUUGACAAAAUCGUUGACAGCAGUGAGCAUAUUUUUGGGCAGCAAGGGACUGCGAGAAAUCUGCCAAGCUACAUUCCCAAGCUCCUGGAGAAGCUGUGCAUUAGUCUGGACUCCCUGGAGCCUACCAGUGUCGCUAUGGGAGGUAAGAACUUAGGUGGCACCGAUGUAGACCGAGGUGUGUGUCUGACUGUGAGGAGCGUUGGCCCAGGGGCUGACCUCAGGCAUCUGCACAAGAGCAUCUGUCACUCAGAACCCAGCCUGGUAUAA